GCGUGGAUAGCCUAGUGCGCGCGCGUGUGUGUGUCAGUGUCAGUGUCAGUGUUGGUGCACGGAAAACGAAUUAUUUUUUUAAACAGUUUUUUUGUAUAAAUUUUAAAUUUUCCCAAAGUAUUUGGACGAAAAAAACAUUUUGAUGAAAGUUAGAAGAGACGAAAUGGGCACGUGACGCUGGCUGCGACAUCGGCUAGUAUGAGCGAGGGUGGCGGGGAGGCUAUGGCCUCAUACGGUCAGGCGGGAUACCCGCCAACACAACCUGCCACCCCGUCAUCCACCGUGCCGGAAUCCAAGACCCCUGGCCCAGCUCCCGGUCUGCCGCCGUUCAGUUCGUUUUCGGCGGUGGAACUGGCAGAGGGUCUGGGCGCUCGGUUGGGUCCCGGCGACGGCUACGAUCCGACCACCGGCCGCAUAAUGGACAUGCACUGGGAUUACAACCCGGACGCGCUACACCGUCCCGACCUGUACCCGACCACCAUGAUCAUACCGCAACCGCAGUCGUACAGACCGUGGGAGAGCAAGUUGGACGGCAGCAAUUCGCAAGACUCCAUGUCCAAAGGGUCGUUCGACUAUCCUCCGUCGCCGGCCGGCAGCAAACUGCCGUCUUUCCAGUCUCAGUUCAACUUUCAGACCGAACAACAGCAACAGCAGCACCCGGAAACCGUGUCGCUGACGACCUUGACGCCGGCGGCCGUGUCGCCGAACCAGUCGCCGGGAUUGCCCAGCUUCCACACGCUGUCUACGGUCAACGUGACCGCGGCUACGCCCCGAGGGUAUCCCACGUUGGUGCCGGGCAUCCAACAACAGUUUCACGACGAGAGAGCCGGCACCAUCCAUCUGUUCCAGAGUCCACAAUACCCGCCGCCUCCACCGCCGGCAAUUGCGUUUUCGCCGCAAAACCAUCACCAGAGUACGAUCAUCCAGGGCAACUUUAUGGGAGCCCCGCACCACCAGUCUAACCAGGCCACCCUGCUGACCGUGGUCAAGACCGAACCCGUGGCCAUCGUGUCCGCUCAGAUCCCCAGUCACGUGUACCAGAACUCCGGUGGCACGUUCAUCGACUCGGUAAAGAUGGAAGACACGCUGUCGCCGCGGGGCCUGCAGGAGUCGCGGAAAAAAGAACGGAGAAAAGUUCGGGCGUCCAGCAUGGACAGCUCGGUGGAAAGCGACGGCGUGGGCAGCUCGAGCGUGGAGAGCUCGGGCCAAGUGGCGGCCAUCAGCAGCACCGCCGGAUUCAAGUCGCCGCUUGUGCAACACAACAUUUCGGCAAUGUCCGGCGGCAACGGGUCCAUGAUGGACUCGGACCAUUGCGAGAACGGCUCCAACGGACUGGACAAGCAGACCAAGAAAAAGCGGAAACGCUGCGGCGAGUGCAUUGGCUGUCAGCGGAAGGACAACUGUGGCGAUUGCGCGCCUUGCCGGAACGACAAAAGCCAUCAGAUAUGCAAGAUGAGGAGAUGCGAGAAGCUCACCGACAAAAAGCACCUCCUCUAUCUGGCCAACGAAUCCUAUCCUCGAGGGGAAAACCGAAGAGGGCGCGGAAAAGGAAGUCGAGCGGCGUACAGAAACAAGGGGAAUCGAUCGAUAUCGGGAAAUCCGAGCACACCGCAACCUUCGCCCGGACCGACGACACCGUUGAACGGAGCUCCCAAUUCGCCGGUAGUAAUGAACGAUUCUCAUCACAACAAUUCGCUAUCCGGGACGGUAUUGACUACGGCUGGAAACGGUUUCUACGGGAACCAACCGGUGAGCAUUAUGGAAUCCGAUCCCAACGGUAUUGCGUUUAGAGACAACAGAUUUGGAACACCGGCCACUGUGUGGCACUCGACCGACGGUAACGCGUUGGGUUGGACGGCUGUCACUCAAUCGCCUCAGCCCCAGUACGUGAGCCAACAAAUUCAAUUGGAAGACAUCCGAUACCAUUCGCCGGCAAAUACAUUGCAUUAUUCCACUCAUGCUCCGCCAAACGUCUACAAUCAGCCGGGAUACCAGACAGUGAGUGCGGCGCAGACUCCCACGGCAGGUUUUAUUCAAGUCACCAACGGGUUUGCCCAACAGCCCACCCAAGUUACCACCAGCUCCUUAAUGAACGGCGUGGCACCUACCAUCAACGGUAACGUCGAGUAUCUGGAAGCGCCGGGCAGAACCGAAUUCGCGGUGAACGGAACGCCGAAUUAUAACCAUAUAUCCCAAACCGGGCAAGAGCCUUCGUCUCAAAACAUGGACUCGAACGAUACGUCCGCCAAAGUAACGAACAAUAGCUUUAGUCAAUCCGGUGCGGGAAACGCGAUACCUGGGUACCCACCUCAACAACCUCCCCAAUCACAACAGAGUUUACACAACUCUAAUGGGUACCCAGGUAAGAACGACGGAAAUUCCGUAGGGGAGGACAGAAAUCGUAUAUCAGAUUCUCCAGCAACUGGCGUAUGGGGCCAGUCCAACAACCAAUACGACCCAUCGCCGACAUCAUCCGAUAAAAACAAUCUGAACAACAGAAUUAAAUCUAUGAUCCUAAACAAACAACAAUACCAACAGCAACAGUAUUUGCAACCAGACAGAUCGCAAGAUCAUCAACAGCAACAAACACAACAAACGCAGCACCAACAGCAGGUGCCCCAAAGCCCACAGCAUCAACAAUAUUUGACGGAUCAACACAGUCCGAAUGAUCAGAAUAACCAUCAACAGAUACAACAACAAGCGCAACAUCAACAACAACAUCACCAGCAGCAGCAGCAAGUUCAACAACAACAAGCUCAACUGCAACACCAACAAGCCCAACAGCAAGCUCAACAACAGGCGCAACAGCAAGCUCAACAGAGCGUUGCGCAGCAUCGACAAUAUCUGAACGAGCAAUACCAAAAUGAACAGAGACAUAGUCCACAGGAGCAAAAUAAUCAUUCGCAGUUGCAUCAUCAACAAAUUCAACAACAGCACCAACAACAAAUGCAGCAGCAGCAACAGCAGCAGCAGCAGCAACAGCAGCAGCAGCAGCAGCAGCAGCAGCAACAACAACAACAACAGCAGCAACAACAACAACAACAGCAGCAGCAACAACAACAACAACAGCAGCAACAACAACAACAACAACAGCAGCAGCAACAGCAACAACAGCAGCAGCAGCAACAACAGCAGCAACAGCAACACCAUCAAAAUAUGCAACAAAUGCAGCAACAGUUGCAACAGCAACAGCACCUGCACAGACACCAAAUAUUGCAACAUCAUCAAGACGCCAAAAGUCCACUAGACCAAAAAGAACAUCAGCAAUACAUAACAGACUCAAAACAAAAUUUAUUAAGCAAUAAUUUUUUAGUCCAAGGCCACCAUCCUCGGAGCUUAGCUACUGAGGGUGGUGGCUUUUACUCGGAAGUCAAACGACAUCCGAAUUACCAUCACCAACAGCAACAACAACAAUUACAACUACAACACCAAUAUUAUAACAACCAUCGGAACGGUUAUAAGGCCGACGUACAAGUAAAAAAAGAAUUUAUUGAAAUCCCUCACGAAGCUAGACUACAAAGAAUGCCGUUUGGAUUCGAUCCAAGAGAUAGUCAGAAGAACGGUUACGUAUUUUGUGGCAACGGUGGGCCUAAUCCCAUCGAAACUGUGGUUGGUCCGUGGUGUUGCCGCAUGGGCGGAACUGACACCCCGACGAGCAAACAUUUAUCAGACGGAUGUUGUCGAAAGUUACUCACUCAAGAUGAAGUCAUCGAUCCUGCCGACAUCAAACAAGAAUCCAACCUAAACAAUUCGUUUACAGAAAAUCAAGAUGACAAAUGUAAGGCGAACGUCAAAAGUCCGGUUACCGAUUGCAACUGCUUCCCCGUAGAUCAGGCGCCAACCGAACCGGGACCGUUCUACACGCACUUAGGUUCUGCUUACGACUUGAAGGAACUGAGAAAAAAUAUGGAAACCAUGUCGGGCGUACAGGGCAAAGGAAUUCGAAUGGAAAAGAUAUUGUACACUGGCAAGGAGGGUAAGACCACGCAAGGUUGUCCGUUAGCUAAAUGGGUUAUUCGGCGAUCGUCUAUGGACGAGAAAAUCCUGCUGGUCGUCAAAAACCGACAAGGACACAAAUGUCGGUAUUCUUGGAUAGUCGUAUGCAUAGUGGCGUGGGAAGGAGUGUUGUCCGAAGAAGCUGAUUUUCUCUAUUCGAUGCUUUCUACCAAAUUGAACAAGUACGGAGUGCCGACGACCAGACGGUGUGGUACCAACGAUCCGCGAACUUGCGCCUGUCAAGGUCUGAAUCCGGACACGUGCGGUGCGUCGUUUUCGUUCGGGUGCUCUUGGUCCAUGUAUUACAACGGUUGCAAGUACGCCAGGAGUAAAGAUGUGCGGAAAUUCAGACUAUCCGUUCGAACCGAGGAACAAGAAUUAGAAGAACGGUUGCAGACGUUGGCCACAACGGUAUCGCCGCUUUACAAAUCCUUGGCCCCUUUGUCGUUCGCCAAUCAAAUACAAUGCGAACGCGAAGGGUCCGACUGUCGACUGGGAUUCAAACCAGGUCGUCCUUUUGCAAGCGUAACGGCUUGUAUUGACUUUUGCGCGCACGCCCAUCGUGAUUUCCACAACAUGAACAACGGAUGCACGGUGGUGGUCACUUUGACUAAACACCGGGGUUUGGGAAAACCCGACGACGAACAGCUGCACGUUCUUCCUUUAUACGUCAUCGACGAUUCAGACGAGUUCGGUGACAAAAAAGCUCAAAGCGAAAAAUUCACAAACGGAUCGGUCGAGAUGCUUUCAAAGUUCCCUUGUGAAGUAAGAGUGAGAUCAGUGCCUCUGACGCCUUGUCGAAGAAAAAAACGCAAAGACGACGAAGCGGAGUCGCCCAGAAAAGCACCGCCCACGCCGUCGGGGCAACAGAACAACCCGCAAACCAACGACGCGCAAGUGCAGAGCUCACAGGUUUCAUCGACCGUCUUGGACAGUCCGACGAUGAGCAUGUAUCAGCGCUGGAACCAACAAGGACUUCUGGGGCAGAGUCCGUCCUCGAAUUUUUACAACGUCCAGGAUUACAGUCCUUGGAGCACUCUGAACACCGUGUCACCGGGAAUGGCGAUUGGGGCGAAAGCUAUGCGUCAACCGUCGACGAUGGAUCACCACCACGUUCGCAAUUUAUGGCCGUCCGUCGGGGGCGGUUUGCCAGGCGGAAAGCCCAUCGAACCGGCGUUGGGCGAUUACCCGCCGUUGCUUCAGAAGCCGCCCGACUAUUACUACCAGUCGACCAGCUACGCGCCCAACAAAGCGGCGUCGAUCGCCAACGUCAAUUACAAUAACAGUAACUACUAUUAUAAAUCUAGUCAAGUCCGACCCAGUCAGACACACGUGGCCGCUCCCCCGACAAUAGCGGCCUUGCACGGUAACAACUCUUACCUUCGACCGAACCCUUAUCAAUCGAUCCCGACGGCCGGCAACCACUAUUGGCCUACCGCCGAAACGGCGACCAAGCAGUUUUACCAUCAGGACCCAACAAUUAUGUACAAUCAGGGGAUGUCUCAGUACCAGCUUCCUAGGUGGGAUUUAUACGGACCAACGCCGUACUUCCCCUCAGUUGUUGUGCCCGCCGAAGCGGCAGCGCCGCCCAAACCGCACGCCAUCGGCGAGGUGACCGAUUACGUCGAAAACGAAGAAAGCUUCAAGGACUCGCAAAUAGGCGGAGUGGCCAUUGCGCUGGGCCACGGUUCCGUGCUGUUCGAGGUGGCCAAACACGAGUUGCACGCCACCACGGCCCUGAAGAAACCGGACAGGCUGCACCCGACCCGGGUCAGCUUGGUGUUCUACCAGCACCGGAACUUGAACCGGCCCAAACACGGUUGGGUCGAGUGGGAGGAGAAGAUGAGGGUUCGCAAAAUGGGCACCGCUCCCUGCGCCACCGCCACCAACACCACCAACACGACCACGCAAACGGCGGGUGACCGCAAGUCUGCCACCAUCACCACGACCACGUGGACCACAUUGUUCCCCAUGUACCCUUGCGUGGUCACCGGUCCGUAUCAGGAAAACCAAUCGUCGGCAAAAUGCUGAGACUCGACGGUUGACAAUGUAUGUUUAUAAUUAUUUGCAUUUUUUUUUCUAUUUAUCGAGUUCCACUGAAUGCCAAAGACGCUAUAAAAUAUAUUAAUAUAUUUUUUUAAAUUUUAAAAACGAGACUAUAAACGUUAUACUACUUUAUAAGUACUCAUUUUUUUUUUAUCAUUAGGGUUAAAAAAACGAUAGGAUUUUAAGCAUCAAUUUUAAUCACGAAUUUUGUUAUGAUUUGUUUUCCUUUUGUUUUAUUAUUAUUAUUUAUUAUUAAUAUUUUUUUUUUUUUUUUUGUAAAUACUUUACGACAUACUAUUACGCCUCUUUUUUUCUUUAAACAAAACAAAAUUUAAAUCUACGUGUGUAUUAUUUUUUUUAUAGGCUAUCAUUGUUCGUGUAUGAUUCCAAAUACUUAGCGUUUUAUUUUUGUACUCUAUUAUAAUUAUUAAUUUAUCGCGUAUACGUGCGUAUUGUAUAUAAAUCAUUGGAAUAACGUUAAGUCUACAACGACUCUCCGGGUUUUUUUUUCCACAAGAGUCGAAACCCUUGAAAUUUCGGUCGACGAACUCACCUACUAUUAUCGCCCACGAGUUUUAAUCAGCGGCUGACUUUUCGAGCAUCUCCCCCCCCCCUUUCCCUUAAAGUGUAAAUCCCAUCUAAUUGUAAACUAAUUUACAUUGUGUUCAUUGAAUAGAUCUCUCUACGGUCUUUAUACCUACUAGAAGCCCCACCCCACUUAUUAGUUUUUAGCGACAAGAGUUCAUAAAAAUCGCAAUGAAAUCAGAAUUUUUUAAAAUUAUAUAAUAUUUAAAUAUAUUUAUAUAUACAUAAAAAAAAUGUAUAUCGAAUACGACUGAUUAGAUAGGUAGCUAUCAUAGGGUAGUGUGUGGCCUACUUAGUUUUUAUGAAAUAUAUACGUUUAAACAUAUAAGUAAACAUAACAAAAACAAAACGCUCAUACAACUUUUUGACAAUUUAAUUUAUUACUAUUAC